GUUGCGAGUACGCUACUAUCACAUUCUAGCUGGUCGGUACGCCCGCCGUCGCCGUUGUUUGGUAGAAAGUGAAAUGUGAUUAACGCAACGCAAAAAUACAUACUUUUUUGUUUAACUUUUCAAAACUAAACCGAAAUAUUAUCGUUAUUGUUGUUAUUGCGAUAAGGCCGAACCGACACCGUGCAUCUCCUAACGUUAUCGACGUUUAUUGACCACAUAAUAUUUUAUUGAAAUCGCAAUAAAUAAUAUCGCAGUGUUUUCGGCGUGCGUCCGCCAGAGGAUUAUAAUAAAAUCGAAUUUUAACGGUAAGCUAUUCGAUCGCCUUAACCGGCACAUUAUAUAUACAAAUCAAUAAUAACCGUACUUUUUUUUUUUUACGGUAUAGGAGGUACCCGCAGGUACUAUAACACAAUACUUAUCCAAAUUGAAAUAUUACAAAUAAUUGGACUUUCGGACGGAAAUAUAAAUAUUCGGGUGUCCUAUGCUCACGUUUUUAUUUCCGUCUGUUUUAAACUGAUUUCUGUUUAACUGACGAUUCUUAUAAUGUUCAGUUUCUCGUCUAAAUAACAAUAUCGUUAAUACCGAUAUUGUUAAUGUCGUAAUAUACUAUUAAUCGUUUCGGCUAACAAUUGUACGUAUAACACGCAGUAAACCCGCGGUCACGAGCAUCUUCGGUAUCUUUGCAGUCCCGGGGAAGCAGGGCUUAAGCUAAUUUCCGUUUUAUAAUUUUGUCAUAUUAUGUAAUUUGAUUCGCUUCAAUUUUAGUCCGAAUGGCAUACGUGCAAUACUGGUAAUUAAGAUAAUAUCUCAAGUCACUAUACGAUCAUCGAUUAAAUAUAUACACCUAUAUACUUGCUACAACUUACACUUUAACUAAUGCAUCUAUGAUGCACUUUUUGUCCGGCGAAAUAGACACAAUUCGUAUUAUUACGUAUACGGUUAUAAACAUUUAUAUAAUUUUCGCGUGUAGAAACGUUUAAAACCCAUUUGAAAACUAUACGUGUACCUAUAAAUGACCGGAUCCCUUCUCCCAGAGAACUUGUACGGACCGAAGACAUACCUACAGAUGUACCAAGAGUAAACAUUACAGUACUGUUAUUAUUUUUAUUAUGCCGACGGCGACACGCCAUACGGGGAUUUAUUCGAGAUAUUUUACGAUUUUUUUUUUUUCUCUUCUAAUUUCCAUUGACGCGGAUAAUGUUCUAAUAUGAUACAUCGUUUGCGUGUAAUAAUUCCGUAUAAAACGUUACGCGGUUCUGCGAUGCGGUAUAAUAUCAUAGGCGUAACCGUAUCACUAUAGCUGCUACCCGUACACAUACAAUCACUAUAACAAUAAACGUAAACAUCGGUGUUAAUAAAUAAAAUAGGUGUAUGUUGUUUAACAAAUUUAUCCGAGUAGGUUUACUAUAUAAUAACGGUGGUAUAGGUGUUGUAUAGCUAUGUACGAUAUAUAAUAAUAUUAUUUAAAUGUUUUACAAUAAUAUACGGAUACCGGUUUUCAGACGUCUCGGGAAAAUACGAUUAUAAUAAUAAUAUAAUGUAGGUAUAGAAACCGCGGGGUGUAAACAAUUGAAACGGAAACCAGUUUAAAGAAAAACCAUUUUUUUUUUUUUCUAGUAGUUAGUUUAUCACGUGAAUAUUAUGAUGGGAGAAUACACGUUUGGAUCGUAAAAAAAAAAAAAAAUGAAAAUAAAAAAAAUCGUUUUAAUAUAUCGUGUUACGACGGGGACCAAUAAUGUUAUCAUAGUAAUAUAUUACAACUAUCGUGUUUCGUAAUGUAUUUCGCCUCGCGUGACAACCGCAUAAUAAUAUAUAAACACGUUAUUAUAUAGUAGACCUAUCUAAACUUUGAAAAUUAUCGUUCGUUUUUAAACGUUCCUUUAGCCUGUAAUGUGCGAGGACAGUGGCGUGUCUACGAAUUUUCCACGGGCGGGGAGGGGAAUUAUCGCGAAUUGCUCGUGCACCCCUAUAAUAUUUAAAAUUAUCGUAUACGCUUGACGGUACAGUAACCUCUCGUUACGAAUAAACAAAUCGAAAUAUAUUAAUUCUUUUCUUUUGACAUAAUCGUUCAGUAAUAUUAAUGGCCUCUCUCAAGUGAUACUUUUCCCUCUACACGAUUUACCAAAUAAUAAUAAUAAUUUUAAGUUUUUUUUUGCUUAUUAAAAAAUAUCUAAAAAAAAAAAAAACUGAAACCUAAUACAUACUUACAUGAUACAUUAAAAACAUUAACAGUCAAAUAAUAUUUAUACACACCUACGCAUCAUAUACUGUACCUGUAUAGUACUUCUGAAAGAAUAAUUUGUAUUCGAGAGGGUUGAGGGUUGGAAAGUGUUCCGGUCCUGUAUUUGUGUAAAGGUACAUAAAACGCGACACGCAAACUUGUUUGCAAAAUGCGAUUGUACACUUUUCACAAAUGAGAUGUUUACCCGACAAUUUGAUUAAGAGUAUUGUGUCGGUGAUUGAUUUUGUUUUCCGAAGAGAUUAAUAAUAUUUUUUAAAAACAAAUAAGCGAUUGAAUUUUCUCUCUUCAAUAUUGGCGUUUACCGUUACGUUCGUAAUUUAAAAUAAAUGAAUUACUAAUUAUAGAAGAUUAAAUAUGAACAACACAGUAUCAAUUUUUAAUUUCAUUUGUUACACAUCCGUCGUUUACAUCAUAUUGUGUAAAAAAAAAGAAAUCCAUUUACGUACCCCGAAUCGAAUAUGAAUAAUAUCGAAAAUAAAUUACGUAAUUUGAAUUAUAAACAGACAGAUUAGAUUGUGAAAAAAUAAUUAAUAUAUUGUAUUGUCCGACAAGGGUAGUACAAAACAAAUACAUAAUUCAAUAAAUAUUUUAAUCAGUACUUUUUUUUUAUUGUUUUUUAACUCUUAGAAAUCAUAAACAAACUUGUGCAACAUCUAAUAGUAAUAAUAGAUAACAAUAAAAUUAAAAAAAAAAAAAAUACAUGAAAUACGAAUAUUUGUUUUGUGUUUUGUAGUAAAAUAAUAGAUUGUAGCGUGAUUAUAGAACGACAAUGUCAUGGAUUAGUAUACCUAUUGUAUGUUUUACUGCUACCUUGCUCUUUAUUUAUUUCAAUUAUCACGAAUGUUCGUGACAUUGGUAGAACCAUCCAGCAAAAUGUAAGUGAAAGUGUGAGAAACUCAUGAUUACUGAGUGUAUAUUUACAAUGUCAUUAGGUUUGAACGUUACGCUGAAAAGUCCAAUGCCCUGAUGAAAAUUUAUUGUACAGUUAUUUUUCAAUUUAUCUGUUUUCCAAUAACCGAUUCCCGUACUUUUAGUUUCCAUUUCGGAUUUUAUAAUAUUCCCAUUCCAACACAUGCACAUACUGUUUUAAUCAGAUAGAAGACGAAACAGCGCGUUUCACCGUUGGGACCUGUUUAGAAUAAGUGUUGCAGAAGGGAAAGUAAACUUCGAUUCUAAGGUCAAUGACACGCGGUACGUUUAAGUGUAAUGAAAUAAUCAUAUAGUAGUGUUUUAUUUCUUUCGACGUGAGCACAUCAUAUAUAGCGUUAUGAAUGAGUAAACCAUUAGGUGAAACAUAUAAUAAUCGUUCAAAUUUCCAAUAAAUUUCCAGUGCAUCAUCAUUCUGAAUACUUGAGUACCUAUAUAGAUAAUAGUAAUGGAAAAUGUCUACAAUUUUAUUGUUGAGUUUAAAACGGUUUUGCUGGAUACUUAAGUUGCAAACAAUUAUUGAGGACAAACUCAUUAAAUUUUUAAAGCAAAUUAAUAUUUAUCAAUAGUUUAAUGCUAAACAAUGAACAUAUAGACAGGUAUUUAGAGUGACAAUAUUAUACUUGCAGAAAUGAACAUAUGUCAUAGCUUAUAAAUGGUAUUCUGAAUAUUAUAAUAUGCAUAAUACGUACGUGUAUAUGUUUGACCUAUUUAAAAAAAAAAAAAAAAAAGAACGCGGAAUAAAAGUUUAAAUAAAUUCACUAGCUUUGAGUUUAAAAAAGCGCAGUUUUUGACUUUGUAGUAAAGUAUACUUUUUUUUUCAGAUGUGGAAAAUAACUACAGUAUUGUUGUUUAUAAUCCCUAUCGUCGUCAAUUCCACUUCCGAUAACAACAAUGUUCAAAUGACAAGAACGUCUAUAAAAGUAGCCAGAAAUCUAGAUCCUAAUGCCAUGGAAACUUUGGAAAUAAAAACUCGAACGGGAGACAUUGCUACCAUAGUUGUAAAAAAACGCGAUGGCAGACAACAAUCAACUAAGUCAACGCCCGAACCGAAUUUGCAAUUGGUAUCAACGAGUAAUGAAAAUACACCGCCAAUUAGAGUGCCCGACCCGGUCGUCAUACGUUCGGAUUCGGUUUAUGUAAAAAACCAAAAGGAAGAGGAUAAAAAAUCUAGAAGUCUUUUCCACGUAGACACCGACGGUAUACCCGUGAUCACUGGGGUACGAGAACCAGAUGACGAAAACGACACUCAAAUUUGGAGAAACGCUAGGGUGAUUAAUGGUAUAUUAGUCCCGAAUACAAAUAAAACCAAUCAACACGUUGCAGCGAAAGAAGAAUUUAAACCCGCAGUCGCUCCAAUGUUCAAUGGCGUUUGGCAGGUAUACAAAAAAAAACCUGAGCCAGAAAAGACACCACCGACGCUUAAUAAUGAACAGACAUAUUUUACGGCACAACGAAACACGUAUGACGAAAAAUACAUGACCGACAAAAUCCUCGGAUACAUAAAAAAUAUAAACGGAAACAUUUUAGCGAAAGAUCGUUCCUCCAGGAUGUUUGAGCCACAAAUGGAAGCUCGCGUGUUGCACGCGCCAAGUGUGAGCGUUUUUCCAAAUUCUGCGGCGUACUCACCAAAAACGGUACCUAGGUUGUCAUUUGAAGAAAGUGCAAGAACGCCCGUACUACAGUAUGCUCAUCCAGAAUUAGGCGUUCAAGCUGCAAAAUACGAGCCCCCGGCAGCCCCGGCAGAAGAAACGCAGAGGGACGGCAGAAGACAACAAGCACUUUCGUAUUUUGGUCAUGACAUUCAUGCGGACAGAAGUCCUUAUGCGUUCGAACCUGGCUUAGAAAAAGAAUCCAGAGUAAAAGUUCCUAAAAAAUAUUCUCCGCAUUAUAGUUUCCCCGAAAAACAGGGGAAAUACGGCCCCAGUUACUAUAUUAACGAUGACGCGUCGUUUUGGACUCUCGUGAAGAAUAAAAUGAAAACCAGUUUCGAUCAAAUGACGGACUUGACUAAGCCCGUGGUCGAUCCAAUAGUGGAAGCCACGCACAAAAUAACAGGCAAUUUAGGAUUUGGAAACGGCAACCGAGAGCUUACCAAUGUCGUGAAAGAAAAGCUUGGUAUGGUGGCCACCCCGUCGGUAUUGCUGCCAGCAUUAGGUUUAGUAGCCGGAGGUGCAGCUUUAGGACUUGGCGCAGUGGCGGUAGGGAGGUUAGUGAAUUUAAUAUUGUUUUAUUAGUUACAGACAUGUAUAGAGUUAUAGAGAUAUUAAAACACGGUAUAGCAUUACACAGCUUUUUUCAUUGUAUAAAAUGUAUAAUGAUUUUAAUCUAAUAACGAUUUUUUCGCGAGGACAUUUAAAAUUUAUUUCGAUUUGAAAUCCGAACGUCGAACACUUAAUACUUAAUUGUUUGUGCGUUGUCCAUUUAAAAUUCUUUUGAAAAAUCGUAUUAAAUAUGAAAUCGUAAUGUUAUGAUAAUAUUCGUAAAUAUCUGAUAAGGAUGACAAAUUCGAAGAGGUACGUAAUAUAUUAUGCUACGCAUAAACAACAAUAGCGGCUCAAUAGUUCAUUGAAUUCGGUAAAAUUACACCAUAUUUAUUUACAAACACAUAAUAUUAUAUCACACGUAGGUAAAUCACGUGUGUAUUAUGAACGAUAAUGAGAGUGAACAUGCAGUUUUUUUUCUUUUUUUUUUUUUCUUUGCAUUUCCCUUUAUGAAAUAUUAUACACAGUCGUAAUAAUCUGAAAUGUUGAUGAGAUGACGGAAAAACGUAAAAGAAAAAGUACAAAAACAUAAAUACCUACGUGGUUUCACUUUUUCCAGAUAAUCAAUUGAAUAAAUAUUUAAGUGUACAAUAUAUAUAUAUAUAGUGUACAGAUACAGAUAGAUAUAGUGUACAUAUAUAUAUAAAUAUAUUAUUCCCUCUAUAAACUGGACAACCGCAGAGAAAUCGUGAAAAAUACGUCCACGGCACCAACGACAGAAGGCAUGACUGAACAUUUUGGUUAAAUAAAGUAUUGAAUAACACACGGAGCAUGACAUUGAAAUCGAAACGAAAACGUGGUUGACUGUUAAACAACAUCGCGCUGUAUAGGCACGUUUCACUUUCCAUCCGUUAUAGAAUAAGGACCAUCGUCGAAUUUGUACGGAUACCGCUAACAUAAAUUACCGUUAGGCACAUCACACUGCAGUUUGUUAUUACAUUGAUUUCUAUAUAACUCUUAAUUUAAACAAAUUACCUACCUACCGGUAAGAGCGUUUUCCGACGGAUCCGGCAAAAACGUCAAUUGAUCGAUCUUUAUAAUUAUUGUUUAGGCGUGGCGUUUAACGUUUUUCCGCCGACAUUAUUUCAGCGCAAUUUUUGUUUUUUAUUUUAUCCGUCGGUCAAUUUUCUAUUUUCAACGAAACCGAAUAUUAUUACGCAGUAAUAACUGUAACGGUUUAAUUCUACACGAGUGGGUACGUCAUCAUCGGAAAUCGGUUAUUAUUGCUUUCGUAGAAUAGAAACUAUUGUUUCACGUUACCUACCGCGGUACUCGCGGACAUACAUAUGUGUGUAAAAUAAUGCAAUUCACAGAGCAAUGUUUAAAAUAUGUAACUCGCGGUUGCAAAGCUAAGCGUAAUCAAUAAUAAAAUGCAAAAAAACAAAAUAUUCGAAAUCGAAAAACGAAUUCCAAAAACAAAAGAUUUCCAAAAAUCAAACACAUAAAAUUCAUAGUUUUACUUAGUUUUUACGCACUAUAAUUUACCUGUUGUAAUUUUUCAACACAAAUCGUCACAUGAAAAUAAUAUAAAUGUAUAUUUUUUGUUUCCGAUUAUGUAGGUACCUCGACUAUGACGUGGUAAGAAUGAGGAAUAACGACGAUAUUAUCGAGUACCAAAGAGCAUUGAACGGGUCGUAUGAACCGAUUGUAAUUCGACCAGAACUGAUACAACAAGAAAACAAAACGGCGAAAACUUCGAACGAAGCCGAGCCUUUAAAAAGAAAUAGAAGAUCACUGAAUCAUAAAAAAGAAAAACGCUAUAAAAAUCGCAAGAUGAGAAAAGUUAAAUCGACACCGAAAUCAUCAUCAUCAUAGUUUCCUCGUAAUGUGUUGCGUGUCCAACUCAAUACGAAUAAUUAAAUAGUUAAUUAUACCUAUAUAGUGAGUAAAUAGUAAAUUUACAUAACGGUCAUAAUUAGUAUUAAUAAGGAAUAAUAAUAUGUUAAAUUAUUAUUGAAAAUAACUUAUUCACUAUAGUGGCGUAUACCUGCAGAGGUUAGGUUCGUAAAUUAUAAAUUGUAUACAAUGUUGUUUUUUUUUUUUCUUUUUACCAUUGUUGUCAGAUCGUUUAAUCGCUACUAUUUCGCGGUGGAACACGUUGACGGUACUGUAUCGUUUUGGAGACGGGUUAUUGUUUGUAUUCGCUCGUACCACCCGCGCCCUCUUACACGAGGAACGUUAGAAAUGUAUAUAGGUACGCCGCUAGUUAUUCACCGAUCUGCAGAAAUAUUGUGUUAUCCUACAAUACAAAAUAUACAUACAUAUACUAUGCAGAUUUAUUAUACGUAGCUGAUACUUUAUGCAAUUUACUUCGUGUUAUAGCUAUUUUACCUAUAUUAUAAUUUAUUAAUAAAUUGGAGUACGUGAAAAGCCAAAUUUAAUUUUAGUUAACUACGCAAAAUAAUUUUAAACGAUUUAUUUUUAAUAGGAAAUUAUUGUUGAUUUUAUAUUUAUUUAAAGAUGAUUAUUUAAAACGCGCAGUAUUUUCAACAACGAAGUUACUAUAGCGUCGUCAUAAUUUUAUAAGUGUUCUUAUAAGAUUUUUAAAAAAAUGCGAUAUUUUUUUUUCUUUUACUUAGGUAUAUCUUAUAUUAGGUACCGAUUUAAUUGUAAAUUACAAUAUCGUUCAUGAUGUGUAAUAUGAAUACCGUAUAGAUAAAUUAUUUUGAUAUCGUAAAAAUACCUGUAAUUAAAAAAAAAAUUAUGCGUUAUGUCUCCAUUAUAUGAUUGUUAAUUCUUUCGUCUUAACUAUAAACAUAUUAUGCAUAUUAUGUUUUCUUAAUAUAUUAUAUAAUUUAUUGAAUUUACC